AUGGAUUCAAGGUUAAGGCUUCUUGCGAGUAUUGGGUUGCUUUUGUUUCUAACUUUCUUUAUAUUUUGCCAAUAUAAUGGAGGUAAUAACAAUGGAAGGGAAAAUAUAUUUACCAUUAACAAAACUAUUAGUACUAAUGGUGUGAAGAAAAAAUUACAUGGACGGUUCUUACACAUCACUGAUAUCCAUCCCGAUGAUUUAUAUCGUGAAGGCAAUUCAAUAGAUUCAGUGUGUCAUUAUCCUAUAGCAAACAAUGGAAAUAAUGAUGGUGAGGGAAUUGACUAUAAUCAUUGGGAUUGGGCUCCCAAGUUUGGAAAACCCAUGUCGGGUUGUGAUUCACCCAUAAUACUAAUGGAAUCGACUAUAAGUUGGAUAAAAGAAAAUCUAAAGGAUGAGAUCGAUUUUAUCAUCUGGACAGGUGAUAAUAUGAGACACGAUAAUGACCGCAAUCAUCCCCGUUUAGAAUCUGCAAUAUUCGAUAUGAACCAACUUCUCACCACAAAUUUUUAUUCUCAAAUAUGUAAAGACCAAAAAAAUAACAACCCUAGGGAUUUAGAGAUUGGUUUGAUUCCUAGCAUUGGUAAUAAUGAUGUUUUCCCACACAACGUCUUUGCCAUUGGACCAACUUUGCAAACAAGAGAAUUCUAUAAAAUGUGGCAUUGGCUCAUACCGGAAGAGCAGCAAAAAUUGUUUGAUAGAUACGGAUCCUUUAUGAGAGAGGUGAUACCAGGGAAAUUAGCAGUAAUAUCAAUUAACACCCUAUAUAUGUUUAAGGCUAAUCCACUAGCAGACAACUGUAUGAAACCAAGUGAGCCUGGGUAUCAGUUAUUGAUCUGGUUAGGUUAUGUUCUUGAGGAAUUAAGGCAAAGAGGGAUGAAAGUUUGGUUGUCUGGACAUGUACCACCACUUAGCAAAAAUUUGGAGGCGAGUUGUUUCCACAAGUUUACCUUAUGGACACAUGAAUAUAGAGACAUUAUCAUUGGUGGUCUGUAUGGUCACAUGAAUAUGGAUCAUUUUGUUCCCUUAGAUGGUACUGAAUCAAGGGAUUUUUUGGUUAAUAUAUAUAAUAAAGACUAUGAUCCAUUUAUAAAUGUGCAAGAUACGGAUCUUCCAUUUUUGAUACAAGGAUCAAAACCAAAGGGGAAAGAAAUGUAUAUGGAACAAAUAAGAAGUAAUAUAUACAAAAAAGUGGCCAAAAAAUUGUCACCAAAGAGAAGAAAGAGAAAAGGUAAGUUGCCUAAGACAGCAAAGGAUUUACAAUAUAAAUAUUCGAUUGUUAAUGUUGCCGGCUCUGUGAUACCAACCUUUAAUCCAUCAAUGAGAGUGUGGGAAUAUAAUAUUACAGGGCUGGAGCAAUUCGAGAUAAGUAAUUCCAUUGAAUAUGAACCAUGGGACAAGUUUUUUUCAAAAGUUGAACAAAUUAUCGAAGAAGAAAUUGGAAUGGAAGUAGGUUUGGAUUCAGUGAGUAAAGAUGAUAAGACCAUUCCACGGAAAAUGCCGAAGAAUAUGGAACUAGGACCAGCUUAUGAACCACAAUUAUUUUCUCCUAUGAAAUUUAUCCAAUAUUAUGCAGAUCUAGAUAAGAUUAACAAAGAUUAUUAUCAAUGUGUUAGGGAUGGGAUGACCGAAGAGCAAGCAGUAGAGAAAGCAUUUAAAUAUGAAAUUGAGUACACGUCAGAAGACAGUGAACCGUUUAAAGGGAGAUCACUUUUUGUUCAUGAUUAUAUGGAGAUUGCAGCUGAACUAGGUACUAACGAUGAACAAUGGAAACCCUUUUUACAUAAGGUUUUUGGAGCGACCGAUUAUAGAGAUGAAUAA